UUGAAGCCUCCUGCCUCAGUUGUGCCAAGAUUUGGCCCCAGGACUUUCUCAGUCAAGGGGUAGAAUCAGCAGAGAAAGCAAUGAAUGAGCCAAGAUCCACUGGGACAGAACGGGAACCGGAAGGAGUGGAAAAACCCACCAGUGCGGUUCAGCGCCAGCGUAAGACGGAGCGCCUGGGAUGGGGGACGUCGCAAAAGAGCAGGCGGGAGUCCUGUCGGGGGAUGCAGGACCGCUGGGAAGCCCAGCUGCAGCAGUUCCUGAAGUCUCUGCAGCCCAUUUUAACAGGAAGGGGAAACUCCGUGAUGAUGGCGGAGGCCUCUCCCUGGGAAGACACCAAGGCCUUCCUGGCCUCCUUUGAGCAGGUGGCCCAAGCUUGCCGCUGGCCCAGGGACCAGUGGGCGGCCCGUCUCCUGCCAGCGCUGAGCGGAGAAGCGGAGGAGGCCUUCCGGACCCUGGAAGCCAGAGACCAGGAAAACUACGAGAAAGUGAAGGCGGCCAUCUUGCGAGGGGAAGCCCUGAGAACGGAGAUGCAGCGGCAGCAUUUUCGGCAGUUCUGCUGCCAGGAGGUGGGGGAUCCCCGGAGGAUCCACAGCCAACUGCAGGAGCUCUGCCGCCAGUGGCUGAGGCCGGAGAGGCGCACCAAGGAGCAGAUCCUGGAGCUGCUGAUCCUGGAGCAGUUCCUGGCCAGCCUCCCACCAGAGCUGCGCAGCUGGAUCCAAGCCCGAAGGCCGGACACGUGUUCCCAGGCGGUGGCCCUGGUGGAGGACUUCCUGAUGAGUCAACAGGAGGCCAAGACGAGGACAUCUCGGGUGCGUUUAAAGGAAAAGCCUGCAGAUUUCCUAGUUGCAGAGAAAGAGCCCCUGAAUGCCGCGAAGGGACCAGUCUAUGGUGAAACCGAUCCAAACGUGGAUGCCAACUUGCUGGGCAAUGGACUCAAGCCCCCAGGUCUCUCUCCUUUGCCAUUUCCUCCUGAAGGAGAAGAAGUGGGCCACACUGGUGAGAAAGAGGGAUUGAGGGAUCUCAAGGAAGCUGGGGGGUCUUUGCAAAUCGUCAAGCAGAGUCUGACCCAGCCAGGCCAGCAAACUAUGCUCUGGCAGGUGCUGCAGGAGGAGGACGAUGCACGCACGGACAUUUUGGGGGAUGAAAUGGGAAAUUACAUCAAGGUGGAGAUUUCUCAGUGUGGAGAAGCUGAAACAGAGGACACCUGCAGGAUGGGGCCACCGGUCAGCUAUGAUCCUCUGCCUGUGAAACGCGAGAAGCCGGAAGGAAGGCGCGAGUCACGAGAGCCACGGGGCGGAUCACCGGUUGGGGCAGGAGAUGAAUGUAUUGAAGUUCAUUGGAAGAGAUACCAGAGCACUCCCCUUCCAAAUUCCCUUCCUAGGGAGGGCGGUCAGGGGGUCCCGGAAGCCCUGCCAAGCAAUCCGCCCCCGCCAAAGAAGCCCCGCAACGGUCCAGAGCACAGCGUCGUGUGGGAUCACUUUGAGUUGGAUUCAGAGGACCCUUGCUACGGCAUCUGCACACACUGCAGGAGACGGGUCAGCCGAGGCAAGAACUCAAAACAUUUUUCAACGUCUGGGUUGCUGAAACAUCUUCAGAGGCACCACGGCAACAUUGUUCUAGCUGCUAUUGCCACAACGCGAGCCAUGUUGCCGACUAGCAGUAAGGCAAAAGGAUCUGUUCUGACGCAGAGUGCGUUGCCACAGUGCUGGACAAAGCAGAGGUCAUCCGGUAAAAGGCAGGCUGGCCCAAAGCCCUCCGAAGUGACCCGUGCGAUCGCCCAGAUGAUGGCUUUGGACGACCAGCCGCUCAGCAUGGUGGAGGAUACGGGUUUCCAGCACCUGCUGAAGUUGCUGGCCCCCAACUACAAAAUCCCGUCCUGUACCACCUUCAGCAGACAGGUUGUGCCCUCCCUGUAUCAGGCCUGCCGGGAGGAGGUCUUGGAGAUGCUUCAGGCCCCAGGACCCCCUGCCAGUGUGAACUUAAGCUCGGGGGAGUGAGAACCAGCCUCUUCCUUCCUCUGAUUUUCGGCUGCUCCGGUGAGCACACGUAGGGGGGCCGUGCUGGGAGGCGGCGGCAGAACCCACUUGAAUUCACUGAUUAAAUCAAUCACACACAGAAAGCUG